AUGUUAUCUGUUUCCAUGCCCCCACAGAGCCGCAUGGCCGAGAGCUUGCGUCUGUUUGACUCCAUCUGCAACAACAACUGGUUCACCAACACGUCACUCAUCCUCUUCCUUAACAAGAAGGACUUGCUGGCUGAGAAGAUAAAACGCAUUCCCUUGACAGUGUGCUUCCCAGACUACAAAGGGCAGAACACCUAUGAGGAGGCAGCCGUCUAUGUGCAGCGGCAGUUCGAGGAUCUCAACCGCAACAAAGAGACCAAGGAGAUCUACUCGCACUUCACCUGUGCCACCGACACCAGCAACAUCCAAUUUGUGUUUGAUGCUGUCACGGACGUGAUCAUCCAGAACAAUCUUAAGUAUAUUGGGCUAUGCUAGGACCUGUCACUAGGUGGGAGUCGGGGUUGGGUGGGUUUGGCCGGCAGGUGAAAUGGAGGCAGCUCAGCGCCCAAAAGAGCGCACUAUAUUAGUAUGUCUACUUUCAGGAAGGGCAGCAGAGAACUGAAGAUGAAAACCUGUAUUAAGAAAGUCGGUUUGGACUAUACAGUAGAUUCAAAAGAGCUGCCAGGCCAUGGGCAAGGUGGGAGUUUUUACCCUAUGUGUUUGCACUGAAUAUAAGUAUGCAGAGACACCACACAUAAACACACACACACACGUACAUCUUUAUGGUUUGUUCACACAAAAGGUAUUUGGGUCAACCCUCUUUUGACAGAGCGACACUGGAAACUUCAAGAUGACUACCCUUGUCAAACCUAAGAGUUAGAUCCUCCUAUUAACUGGCUGUUUUUCCCCCCCUUUCUUUAUUUGCCUGAGUCAAUUGAUGCUGCUUUGAGAUAAAAAAAAUCUUGACAAAUCGAUGCUGUUUGUUUAGGGGUGGGAGGAUGGGUCUUCACCUAUUUGUUAGGAAACAGCAAGCGCACCUAAUAAGGUGCAAAGUAAGCCUCUGCUUCUGAGGGGGGAAAAAGUCUGUAGAUAUGAUGUCAAAAGGGUUGCUGCCAAAAAAAGGAAACUGCCACAACCUGAAAAUUUUAAUUCUAACUUUUU